CACACACAGGGUCAGGGUCAGGGUCAGGGUCAGGUGGCCUACGUACCGCAGCAGGCGUGGAUCCAGAACGCCACAAUUCAGAACAACAUUCUGUUUGGGCAGCCGAUGCAGGGACUCAAAUACUCCGAGACUCUCCAUUCCUGUGCUCUGGAACCAGAUCUGGAGAUCCUGCCUGGGGGAGACCAAACUGAGAUCGGGGAAAAGGGGAUCAACCUGAGCGGAGGUCAGAAGCAGAGGGUGAGUCUGGCGAGAGCAGUCUACCAGGAGGCAGACGUCUACCUCCUGGACGACCCCCUCAGUGCCGUCGACUCCCACGUCGGGAAACACAUCUUUGAGAAGGUCAUCGGACCCGAGGGAAUGAUACGGAACAAGACUCGUAUCCUGGUGACCCACGGGAUCAACUACCUCCCGCAGUGUGACCAGAUCGUUGUCAUGAACGGAGGCCGGAUCUCGGAGAUCGGGUCUUACGGAGAGCUUAUCGACGCAGACGGAGCCUUCGCGGAGUUCAUCAGGGUGUACAGUGGGGUGGGAGAGGAGGACGGGGAGGAUGCCCCCAGUGUGUCAGAGUACACAGAGUAUUGCGAGGAGAAUCUGAACCUUGAGCAGAGCGAUUCUCACGGCGCCCUUGACCCCUCGGUCUUCUCUGACGACCCGGAGACCCGGUCUCGUCGCAGGGCCCACGGGCAGCACUUGGAGAAGAAACGCAUCUCCGAGUCCAGCACGAGGGACAAGAAGGAGAGGAAGAGACACGUUUCAAAGUCUGAACUCAAGCGACAGCUUUCCAGACAGAUGAGUUCGGAGGUUGGAGAGAAGAAGGCAUCAGCUGAACAUACCGACAAGUCGACUCUGAUCAAGCAGGAGAAAGUUGAAACUGGUUCAGUACACAUGUCCGUCCUGUUUGCCUAUGUUCGGGCGUGCACCUACCCCUUAAGUCUCCUGACAAUACUGUUCUACCUCCUGACCAACGGCGCGUCUCUUGCCAGCAACUUCUGGCUGGCCGACUGGAGCAACUCCAACACCCCAGAAAACCGCAACCAGACUGUUACGGCCUGCGAUAGUCUCAACUCACUUGCUCAACGGAGUGGGUGCUAUCUCGGUGUGUACGGAGCACUCGGUAUAAUCCAGUCUUUUCUCAUUCUGUUUGCUGCCUUCUCGCUGGCUCUGUCGGCCAUCUUUGCCUCUCGCACCCUCCAUAACUCCAUGCUCAAGAACAUCCUCCGUUCACCCAUGUCGUUCUUCGACACCACGCCACUCGGUCGAAUCCUCAAUCGGUUCUCCAAGGAUACCUACAUCAUAGACGAGGUCAUUCCUCGCUCCCUACGCUCCUUCAUCUUCACAUUCCUCAGCGUCAUGGCAACCCUGAUUGUCAUUGUGGUGACCACACCCCCUUUCCUGGUCAUCAUUGUACCCCUACUCAUAUUGUAUGCAAUUAUUCAGAGGUUCUAUGUGGCCACGUCGCGUCAACUGAAGCGACUGGAGUCGACGACGCGCUCUCCGAUAUACUCCCACUUCCAGGAGUCCGUCAUGGGAGUGUCUAGCAUUCGGGCCUACCGCGUGCAGCAACGCUUCGUCCUGCAGAGCGAGGAACAGGUGGACUACAACCAACUCGCCUACUAUCCCUCCAUUUGCUCCAACAGGUGGCUGGCCAUUCGUCUGGAGUUCAUGGGGAACCUGAUAAUCCUGUUUGCGGCCCUCUUUGUCGUCAUUCAGAGGAACUACCAGGAGGAGAUCAAGAUCAGAAUCAACGCUGGUCUUGUCGGACUCUCCAUCAGCUAUGCUCUUCAGGUAUCCCAUGUGUCCUUCUGU